UCACACACCUCGCACCAGCCGCCAUAUUGUGUGAAGAUUUGGAUGUUAUCAUGGGUAAAGCAAAAAAGACGCGAAAAUUUGCAGCUGUCAAGCGAAUGAUCUCACCAAAGGACAUGAGAAUAAAACAAAACCAAGAAAAGGAGAAAGAGAAAAGGAAGAAGCAGGAAGACAAUGAAACCCGCCACGUGGAACAAUCAUCAUCUGCCCUGUUCUUUCAAUACAACACACAGCUUGGACCUCCAUAUUAUAUUCUGGUUGACACCAAUUUUAUCAACUUCUCCAUUAAGAAUAAACUGGAUAUUGUCAAGUCCAUGAUGGAUUGCUUAUAUGCAAAAUGUGUUCCCUGUAUUACUGAUUGUGUAAUGGCAGAGUUAGAAAAACUUGGCUCUAAAUACAGAGUGGCACUCAGGAUGGCAAAGGAUCCACGAUUUGAUCGUCUUCCCUGCAUGCACCGAGGAACUUAUGCUGAUGACUGCAUAGUGAACAGAAUACAACAGCACAAGUGUUAUAUUGUGGCAACAUGUGACCGAGAUUUGAAAAGAAGAAUCCGCAAGGUUCCAGGAGUCCCUAUUAUGUACAUUUCACAACACAAGUACACAAUUGAAAGAAUGCCUGAUGCGUAUGGAGCUCCAAGAGUUUAAACAGAAAUACGCUCGCUGGAGACUGUUGUACUUGUUGCUGACAGCGGCCCACUGAAGGAGUCAGGAUGAAGUGAAUGAGCACGCUGUUAUGUUGUGCAUUUUUUGCGGUCUUGCACAAGGCGGAAGAGGCGCCCUGGUCUCGCAGGCACGUGGUCAAAGAACGUAUAGCCAGCGUAGUUGUCGAGAUUUUGCGCGUAAGCACUUCGCAGUUUACGUGAGUGGCGAAGCCGCGAGGAGAGCAAAGAGUAGUCAAGUGGAGAUCCCGGCGAAAAUUUUCGCUAAGGGUUUCCCAGGUGGUUAAAAUUCCCUCGCGGUUCCGCCUCCGAAAGGAAGCAUUAAAGUGCGAAAUCCCGUCAGCAACGCUAGCCAAGAACGGAGAAAAGAGAAAACAGGGUCACUGAUAUUUCCGUCUGCCAGUCGGAACGAAAGAAAAGAGAAACUUGUGCAUCCAACAAGUGAUCAAAGCGUGCUCUAGAAUGCACUGGUUUUCGUGUUACAUCUGGUUCAAAGUCCUCUUUCUGGCUGGUUAGGUUGAACACAUGAUCAUCCAAAGUUGAUUCUGAAGGACAUUGUAAAACAUCUUGAAGGUUCAGCGUGCUGAAUAAUUACAAGAAUUAAACCGCACGAAGUCUUUUUGUAAAUUAAAAAAAUCGAAAAUAAAAAUUUUUGAUUCUAACAGUUC